UGACCCCUGGGGUUCCCUCCCUCCCUCCCGCUCUGCGCCUCCCUCCUCCUCCUCCUUCCUGGCUGCGCCUCCCGGGCUCCCGGCCAAGGCUUGGCGCCUGCCACUCACUCACUCACUCGCCCCCCCCGUCCCUCCACCCCUCCGCCCGGCCUCUCCCCCUCCGUCCCCGGCGCGGGGGCUGCCGGGAUCCGUAGUCCCCUCGCCCUUGGGCUCCGCGCCCGCGCGGGGGGCGCAGACUACGUUUCCCAGCGUGGCCUGGCGGGCCGGGCUUGCGCCGGGCGUUUUGUUUGAAGCGCUCUUCUCCCGGCCAUGGAAUGAGCGCAGCGGCGGCGGCGGCCGGGCGGGCAGGGGCUCUUCCGCGCAGACCCCGCGCAGCCUGCCUGCGCCCCCGCGGAGAUCGGCCGGCAGGAUGGAGCCCGGGGAUCCCCGCGGAGGCGGAGCGGCGGAGGCUGCACCCCAGACCUCCACCCUGGUUGAUGUGCUGUGGCAGGAGGUGACCUUUGAGGAUGUCGCUGUCAGCUUCUCCCACGAGGAGUGGUCCAUGCUGGACGGGUGGCAGAAGGAUCUGCACCAGGAAGUGAUGCUGGAGAAUUUCACGUUGCUUCUUUCCGUGGGCCGUUCCAUUCCUCCGGCGGAGCUGUCGUCCUUCAUCAAUCAGCCAGAAGGAAAUAUUGAGGACCAGAAACUUGGCGGGGCUGGUGGGGAGGACAGAACCAGCGAGGACGCAUCCGAGCUGGAGGGACCUUGGGAGCUGGAGGACCUGAAUGAGGAAGGGGAGAGGUGCCUGACCCCAGCUAGCAACCGGGACGGUGAGCAUCCCAGCAGCCUCCACCUUUGCGCUCUCAUGAAGCUGGUGGAGGAAAUUCCAGAGUUUCUCUACGGACACACGAAGGCCGCCGGAGACCUCGCCCCAGACGCCGUGGAAGCUGAGGUUCCUGCCAAGGAGGUGCCAACCAGCAGUGUUAAAAGAGAAGUUCCGCUGGAGAGCUUGCACCCUUUUGGCCGGCAGAGAGAUAUGGCAGAGCCCGUCACCCUGGGCGUUCCCAGCCAUCCUGGCACGCCGGCUGGCACCACCGAGGGAGACGGGCAGGAUUCCCAAAUCCCAGCAGACACAACGGCCAGCGAAUCCCCCGUCCUCGACGACGGUACAAAUGAUGGAGGACGGGAGGACGGGACUGUGGGCGGGACGGCCGCUCCUCAAGCCACACCCACCGACUCUCUGGACCGCCCUGCCGUGGGAGAGGCGGAGCCAAACAGAGGAGGUCCUGGAGGUUUAGCCCGAGCAGAAGCUACUGCGGAUCCUGGCCACGAACCUCUGCUAAAUUCCUGGAAGGAAGGAGGAGCAGACUCGCCUGAUGCUCUCGGUGCAUCUGUUGGUGCCUCUUUAUUGAGCUGCUCUUCUGGGGGAGACACGGCACAGCCCAAGUCCCUGGAUCCGAGAGCCUGCCAAGAAGGCGUUUCAAAGCACUCACACCCAAGCCUCACGCAAGAAACAGCAGAAGAGGAGAAGCCCCUGCAAGGGCUGCUGAAGUGCUUGAAGGAACUGAUCGUCCACCAGCCCCCCAUCCAGACAUCCCACAGGAACCCCAGCAGUGGCUGGCAGCCAGCCCUGCGGCAGAAGAUGAGGGAAGGGACCUGUGGGUCUCCCCCUGGCCAAGUUAAAAUUGAAGCCAUGGAUGAGGAGUUGCCUGCCCCUAGCCUGGAAAACACUGCUGCACGAGGAGGAUCCAGCCCUCCAGUUGCUCCCUCCUGUCGUGUUUCCACCUGCCAGACUGAAGGCGGCAGUAGAAGGAGCCGGUCAGAGGCAAAGGACAGGAACAUCUUUGCAGUGGUUAAAGUGGAAGCGAGGAGCAGCAGCCCCUCGCCUCAGUACCCGCACAGACCUGAUCAUCCUCUCAGUCCACGUGGAGCCCCGGGCAAGGAGGGGGCGGCUGAGGAGACCGGAGCCCUGGGCAUCAAAAUUAAAAUGGAAGAACCAUCUGAGGACCAUGUGCGAGACCUGAAGGAAGUCCCCGAGGAGGAGCAAGACCUGACACCUAGCCUCCCCGAAGGAUCCCUCUCUCAAAGCAGCCCGGAGACAGGGAUGGACCUGGGGAUGUGGGUCCCAUAUUCGGAGGCCUGGAGCCCAGUGACCAGUCCUCUCCAUGGGCUCCUGAACUGCCUGAAGGACAUCCCUGACCCAAGGCCUCAGGUCUCCCAAGCUGUGGCUGGAAAAAGAGGAGGAGGAAAAGAGCGAAGGAAAGGAGGAAAGAGAGGAAGAUUAGAACCACGCAGCAAUGCGGCCGCACCAGAGAGGGCAGAGCAAAGCAGCUCCCAGAGCAACAGCCCUCCAUCGCUUGCCCUCUGUGAGAGUUUUCUCCCUCGAGGGCCAGAGACCUUCCUUGGUGAAUCGCCUGCCAAACAUCCUCGCCAGUCUCCCGUGUGCGCCAGCAGCCACCGGGGUCCAGACAUAGAGUGGCGGAAAUCCAAGGCGGGGACGUCACGAGAAGGGCUCAGUCGGAACGGCACCCCUCUGCAGGGGCUGGAAAGGUGUCUGAAGGAGCUCCCCCUGAGCUCGCCCAGCCAUCCCUCUUCGCCAGCCGUCAGCGGCUCCCCGGACAGGCUCCACAGGUGGACCCCGGAGGCAGGGAGGUGGAUGAGGAGGGGGGAAGGACCCAGCCGGAACAGCACCCCCUUGCAAGGCCUGGAGCGGUGCCUGAGGGAGCUGCCCCAGAACACCCCCAGCCAGCCGUGGUCGCCGGCCGUCAGCUCCUCCCUCAGCAGCUCCCCGGACAGGCUGCACAGGUGGACCCCGGAGCCAGGGAGGUGGACCCGGAAGGAGGAAGGUCUCAGCCGAAAUGGCACCCCCUUGCAAAUGGUGCUGGAGGGCUACUCAAAGGAGCUCCCUGGCGCCCCAAGCGGCCACUUCUUCCGCUCUGUGGCCAGCAGCUCUUCCGACGGACAAGGGAAAUUGGGUGCGGGAGAAAGUCCCGCGAAGGAGGCAGGGAUCCCACCCCUUCAAGGCCUGGAGAAGUGCUUGAAAGAGAUCCCUUUGGGUGGGGUUUCUUGCCCAAACGCCGUUCCUACGGGAAGCGACUUCUCUGCCCAGAAGCCGAGGAGGACGGAGGCGUCUUUGCAGAGGCUGUGGGACAGAGGCGGCACCACAAACAGCAUCCCGCCACGUCCCACGAGCACCUCUGGCUCUGUGGCAGCAGAGACCGCGGUGGAAGCUUCCCCCCUCGACCGACUGAUGAGUUGCCUGAAAGAGAUCCCCAUUCAGAGACCGAGUUACCUGAACACGCCCAGCGUCUCCUCGUCCGCCUCCAGCUGCAGCGAGAGCGAGCGCCAGAGUCCCGGGUGCAGCCUCUGGUGGGACUGCGCUCAAGUUGGAGUGUUUUCAUUCUUCCUAGACACAGGAUCGGAGAUGGAAGGGACUUUGCGACAGAAGAGGCCAGAGUCCAGGCUGCAGAGCGCGUUGCUUGCUCCAGAGGAGGAAAGGGGGCUUCCUUCCGCUCGAGAACCAGAGAUUGUGACCAUGGGCAGCCGAGCGCCGUCGGCCUCCCCUCUCGGUGGCCUGGAGAGAUGCUUAGACAGCAUCGCCAUGAGCCAGCCUCUCUCCUCCAACAUCCCACCUGGCGAUGCCAAGAGUCCGGGUGACGUGGUACCCAGGAGAUCCCGGCAAGGGAUGGUAGGAUCACAUCCCACAAAUCCUCCAGCAGACGACAUCCUCUCCCACGACCCACAGAUUGGUCCGAAAGAUCCAGCGGCAGCCGGGACCCCCAGGCCUCCCAGCACACCAGCCCAGGCCUCCUCCAGUAGGACGCCCGAGAGAAACGUGGAUCAGGGCCUCCGAGAAGGCUGGGUUCAGCAUCCCCAGGCGGAAGCUGCGAGGAAACGGGCACCAAGCGGCUCCUGCCUCCAAGGCCUGGCGAAUCUCCUGGCCGAAAGGCCCGCCAACCCUCCUUGUCGCUUCCGGCCGCUCCCCAGCAAGGCCCAGGGCAGUUCAGAGCAGAGGGAAGCGCAGGCGAGCGCCUCUUCGGCCGAGGAAGAAGGGGCGAGUGAGAGCAGCCCUCUCCAGGGCCUGCUCAGGUGCCUGAAGGAGAUCACUGCCCGGGGCCCCAGUCCGUGCAGCCCGUCAUCCAGCAAUUCCCCGGCCAGAAGCACGCGGGGAGAACCGAGGUGCAGACGUGCCAAGGGAGAGGAGGCGGAGGCCAGGAGGGCAGCCCAGGAAGAGCUUCCAACAGGUGAGAGGAGCCGCCUGAAGGAAAGGUCGAUGGGCAGUGAUGGCCCGACCACCACGCCCUUGAGUAGCCCACAGAGAGAGGCUGGGCACAGGAGCCCGACCCCCGAGGCUGGCGGGGGGCACCAAGGAGCCGCCCCCUCGAGCGCUCUGGCCUGGGGCGGCUGCCCCAAGAGGAACGGGCAUUUCUGCCUCGCGAGCGGGAGAUCCGCUGCGCUCAAGUGCGCUGCUCAGAGGCCGAGCAAUUCCAGCUCCCCCAAGAGUGGGGUGAAAAGGUCGCUGGGGGCAGCACAAGGAGGUGAGGACCAAACUCCAGGGACCUCGUCCUACAGCUGCAAACUGCAAGGCGAUGCCGAGUUGGGAAAUCUGUGCAAGAAGAGGUGUCUCAGUGUCGACCUGAAUCCGGCCCUCUGCACCUGGGAGAACGGGAAGCCUCAGGAAUGCCGCCCUGAGGCUGAAGAAGGCAUAGGUCUGGCGCUGUCGAAGAAGCUGGACCGCCUUUCUGCGGACAUGAGCGCUGUCUGCCGGGACGUCUCCCGCCUGCAGAGCCACGUGGAUCGCUUGGAGCAGGACGCCCGGGGCUGGGUCCUGGAGCUGGCGGCGCUGCGCAUGGAGAACCACAGCCUGAGCGAGUGCGUGCGGCGCAUGGAGGGGCGCUUCCGCGCUCUGGAGAACCGCUCCCGCCGCAACAACCUGCGCGUCCUCGGCCUGCCGGAGGGGAGCGAAGGCAGUGACGCGGUCGCCUUCUUGCAGAAGACUCUGCCCACCCUGCUGGGCCUGCCCCUGGAAGCCCCGCCCCUGGAGAUCGAGAGCGCCCGCCGGGUGCAAGGGGGCGCAUCCUGGGACCCCAGCGGCAGGCCCCGGCCCCUGGUGCUCCAGCUCCUGCGCUCGGGAGACAGGGCGGCCAUUUUGCAGGCGGCCCGCGGGCGGCCCCUCAGCUACGCCGGUGCGCAGAUCACCAUCUUGCCGGACUUCUGCUCCUCGCUCUCGCAGCGCAGGAGGGUCCCCUUUGGGACGUUCCGGAGGACCCGGUGGGCGGCGGACCUCUGCUUUGGCUCCCGGCACCCCUCCUGCUGCUACGCCUGGGCGCCGGGCCUGCGGGAGCCUCUGGCCGGCUCAGGGGCCCUGAGGGGCGAGAGAGAAAGCCGGCUUCCCAGAGGAGUGGGGAACUGGGGCACGGAAACCUCACCCGGCCCAGUGCAUCGUGGGGGGUGCCACUCCACAGGGAGCUGCGAGCAGCACAACGACAACCCCUGACGCUGUUCUUGGCAGAGGGUGGCAACGGUUGGCUUGCUCCUCCUGCCCUUUGCUCUGG